AGGAAGCUGGCGAAAAACCACAGUCACAAGCAGAAAAACAAUAUGAGAGAGUUUGUUCUUCUCUCCUGAGGAUGAUCAAACACUUUCCACUGACUUAUUUAAAAAACAUGAAAGCAUUUCUUUUAUAAAGUAUGAACUACUACUCCCAUUUAUCCCCGUAUUACUCCUGGAUAUUUGGGCUGGAAAAUUACCCCUGACUUCUCCACCCAAAACAUACUUUAUUUCAAACUGAAAAUUACAGAACAAAGACUUUGUACGCAUCCCAAGAAGCAAUGAAGCAGAGAAAUAAAGGUGUGUGAAUGAUAUAAAGUAUUGGCCACAAAGAAUCGCCAUUUUUAGUGAUACUCAUGAAUGUUGUGAUGGAGAAGAAGAGAAAAUUCAACAUAAAAUCAAAUAAAUAUAUACAAAAAUGCAGUUUACAGUUGGAUAAAAUAACCCCCGACUUUGUAUUCCAUAAUAACGCGUCCAACGUCAUGACGUUCGCCGCGGUUGCGUCAUCACGUCUCCGCCCUCCAGAGGGAAAGCGCACAUUCCUAUUGUCCAAGAUGGCGGCGCUGGUGCAGAACCUCCGACGCUGAUAUGUUUUUAACCGACUUUGUGCUCGUUUCUUGGCGUGUGUGCGGUCACCCAGCGGCCCGGGAAGAAGUGUGUGUUUGCCGUAGCUGCCGUCUGCAGCCUCAGCGUCGCUAACAGGCCUGGACUUCGCUGCCCGGGCCCGGAUUCCCAUCGCAGGCUCCGAAAAGUUUGAGCUCCAUCAUCCUUUGAUGAAGCGGCAGGCCGGGAGAGAGGCGAGCCCGUCCAGGGCCGCCGCCAAACGGAUACGGGAGCGGGAGAGUGCGCGGAGAGAGGAGGUGCCCCCGCCGCCACCGCCGCUGGCCCUGCUGCUGGCAGACAGCCGGGGAUACCAUCGCCGGAGCCGCAGCCGCGAGCGGGAGAAGCCGCGGCUCCGGGAGGAGCGGGCUACCGCCCUGGAGCUCCACCACCGGCACGAGCUCAGCCUCCUCGGCCGGCCGCCCCUCCGCACCGCCGCGGCCGAGGUUCCCGCCUCCCGCCCGGGAACGCUGGAGUACAAGACGCUCCUCAUUAGCAACCUGGGCUCGCAGGUGUCAGACGAGGACGUGGAGGAUGCGCUAUUCCAUGAGUUUAAGAAGUUCGGGGACGUCAGCGUGAAGCUGUCGCACACCCCCGAGCUGGGCCGGAUCGCCUACGUCAAUUUCCGCCACCCGGAGGACGCCAAGGAGGCCCGGCACGCCAAGUCCUCCAGGUUAGUGCUGGGAGAUCGGCAGCUCAAAAUCGAACCCAUGUACGUGAGGAGGCGGAGCGCCACGCCGCCCGACGUCGGGUAUUUACCUGUGCACGCGCCCUACCCGUACCGACAGCGCUCCCUGUCCCCUCCCGGGCCCGGCGUGAGCAACAUCAGGGACCUCCGGGCCCGCCACUAUGCCCUGGAGCAGCUGGGCCUGAGCCGGGAGAGGGAGAGGCUGCUGGAUUAUUACGGCAUGCUGGAUGAGCGGGGUCGGCCCUACGGCUUCCCCCCCAUGCCCGUGGUGGAGGAUUUAAAACCUGAGGACGACCAGAGGGCCACCAGCAACCUGUUUAUUGGAAACUUGGACGGUAACGUCACAGAGGCCGAACUCAGGAGGGGCUUUGACAAGUAUGGCAUCAUAGAGGAUGUGGUGAUUAAGCGUCCUUCACGUGGGCAGGGCGGGGCUUACGCUUUUGUGAAGUUUCAAAAUCUGGACAUGGCCCACCGGGCCAAAGUAGCCAUGCAAGGGCGCCUGAUCGGAGGCAACCCCAUAAAAAUUGGCUAUGGCAAAGCCAACCCCACCACCCGGCUGUGGGUGGGCGGGCUCGGGCCCGGGAACUCUCUGGCCGCCCUGGCUCGGGAGUUUGACCGCUUCGGAAGCAUUAGGAACAUAGACUAUGUGAAGGGGGACAGCUUUGCUUACAUUCAGUACGAGAGUCUGGACGCCGCUCAGGCCGCCUGCACGCAGAUGAGGGGCUUUCCUCUGGGCGGCCCCGAGCGCCGCCUCAGAGUGGACUUCGCCAAAGUCGAGGAGAGCCCCUCUCGUCCGUUUCCUCCUGGCUACCAGCCUCCCGUGGCGCUGCCCUCUCACUACGACCUGCUCGGGGAGGCAUACAGCCGCCAUCGCAGCCUGGAGCGGGAGCUGAGGGGGGCCAGGGACCGCCUCUCACCGCCCGCUCACAGCCUCCUCUCCAUCCGGGAGCGGGAGAGGGCCCUGCUGGAGAGAGACUACCCCACCAGCCCCACACGAAGCCUGGAGAGGAGGGCGGGAGGCGUGGAAGCGUUUGGGAGGAGUGGGCGAGGAGCCAGGAGCCGCAGCCGGAGCAGGGAGCGCUGGCUGAAGGAGCGGGAGGAGAGGAGGAGCCGGAGAAGGAGCCGGAGCAGGAGCGUGUCCGCUGAGAAGCAGACAGAGGAGCGGGAGAAGGAGAGGGUGAGGUCCAGGGUUCGCGGUCCACUAGGCGCCAUCUCUCCUGAUGCGAGCCCAGACCGAGCCCGGGUCAGAGCGCCGGACUCCACCACAGAGCCACGAGACCACUCCCCUGACAGCGGCGGAGGGGUACGGCACUCCACCACAGCCACCGCUGCCAGUGAAGAAGAUCCCCCAUCUGGCCGCCACCACAGCAAGAGGUCCUCCAGCGACCAUGUUAACAACAACAACAACAACCACCACCAUCGAAACAGCGAGGUCAUCACCACCGGCUCCCCCGCUGCCAUCCACACCAACACCACCUCCUCCCCGAGCACGCUGUCCGAGUUCGCCCAGACCGCGCUCUCCAAGACGUGGCACGGCUUCUUCGCCUUGAAGAACAGUAGUUUCCCCACUGACCUGUACCUGCUGGAGGGCGGGGCGGCGUUCUUCAGCGCCGUGAUGAAGGACAGCCUGAAGCUGCAGAGCCAGAACCAGCCCAGCCAGCUGAAGAUCGCCCAGCGGCUUCGCAUGGACCAGACCCGGCUCGAUGAGGUGUCGCGUCGCAUCAAACUAGGCCGCCCGGACAACUUCGCCAUCCUGCUGGCCCUCCAGGGCCCCGUCGACCGCCAGGCCCCCGCCCCCGAGCCGGGCCUGCAGGUGCGCUUGCUCCGUCACCUGGUGACAUACCUGCGGAACAAAGAAGCUGCUGGAGUCGUGAGCCUCCCCGCUGCCAAGGAGGGCGCGCCGGGGGCCAUGCUGUACGCCUUUCCACCUGGCGAGUUCUCGCAGCAGUACCUGCAGGCUGCCAAGAGGACUGUGGGUAACCUGGACGAGGAGCACAUGGUUAUUGUGAUCGUCAAUGACACUAACUGAACCUGCAGAGGAGUACUUCCAUGUUGUUUUUAGACAGAAAAGCAUUAUUAUUGUUUUACUCAGUAUGUUAUGAAUGAAACACGGCGAGCUACACUACGUCUGCAGCGCCCUCGGGGGCUCGUGGAAAAUACGUUUUAAAAUUAUUAUAAAACACUUAAAUGAGGCUAAAACGCUGCAUGCAGGCAGCGCUUGGUCCCGACAGGAAGUAGACUUUAUUGUGGAAGUCGUGUCGUGAGAAAUGCCUGUUUGUUUUCAUCGUCUUACACGUGUCCGUGCGAUUAUAAACACGCCACCGCCGUCACCUUAUCAGCUGGCUGCACUGCCAGACUGAAUAAAGCAGGAAAAAUAUUACAAUAAAUAUUCUCUUCUAAUAAGACAUAAUUAUGAAGCAGUGAACCAAAACGAUCUUAAAGGUCACGACUAAAAACAGUCAGAAUUAAUACAGAAAUUGGAUGUUUGGCUUGUUGAUUACAUAAAACCACAGUUUAAUAUUAAAGUCAUAAAGUUUAAAAAGUCAAACUUUGCUGUAAAACCACAGCAUAAAAAUUAUCUUUAAAAGUGAUCAUUAUUUUAAUAAAUUAUUAUGGUUUGUGUCAUAAGUGAGGUACAGAACAUAAAGUAGGAUGUUUAAAAAAAAAAUAAUUAGAUUUGGAAAGUAAUGGUUUUAAAAACUCGUGCCAGAUAAAAUCCAUACAUCACUUUUAUAUUUAAGAUUAAAAAUAAAUUUUUGACUUCAUGUGUUUUUGUAUCUUGAAUGUGAUAAAGGUCACGUCCCCUUCAGGAGUUCAGGUGUCGGCUGACCCCGUCCUCAUCGUCUGAUCGCGUCAGUACCACAUAAAUGAUGAGAAAAUACAAUGCACACAGGAAACAGACGCAGGUCUCCUUCAAAGUAAAAGCUGCACCUUUUUAAAUGCGUGCUUUAAGAAGAGCAAAACCUCAGAAAUAAAAUAUCAAAAACAAGAAGAACAAAAACAAAACGGGAACAGUUUCCUCUUCGUGGGCGAGCUGUUCCGAGUUUGAUGAUUAUAUGGAGUCAUGAUAACGGAACAAGUUGAUGUUGAGUCAAGUCUAAAAAUUUGAAAUGUAUGGAUUUUAUCUCAGUGAGUAAAAUACAUAUAGUAGUAAAAUGUAAAAUCUUACGUUUCUCUCCAGGCUUUUACAUCUGAAUGACUAAACUGAGGCCUCAUCUAAUUAAAUUAAAACAUUUUAUUUUUAUCAAAACUUUAUUUUACUCUUGUUUUUAACUUUUAAUAUCAGAAGUUUGAUAAAAACAAUUGAAAAAAAGCUUUGAAAUUCAUAAAUGUGACGUCAGGAAACACAUUUGGUUAUUCUACUUCAUAAGUUGGACUUUUUACCUCAUAGUGUUUUUAUUGUUUGUUAAUGAUGAGGAUUUAUUUUAAUAAUUACUGAGGGUUUUUCUGCUUCGUGCUCUUCUUUGAGCUGCUCAGUUUUCACAUCGUCUAGUCACCGCCAGCUGUUGAGCACAUCUGCACAAGUAGGCCACUGAGAGCAGGAAGUACCCUCAAACUAAACUGUCAUUUCUCACGAUACGAGUACACGCACUUCUUGCUCAGAGCAGCACUUUUCCUACUCUAAGCUGUUACACACAACACUAAACCCCGACAGGAGUCUUUGUGCGCUCUCUGGACUGUGCCGAGCUGCCCCGAAUGUCUGAGCCGAGCAGCACCGGGUGGUUUUAUUCAGAGUACUGUAAACUGAGGGGAAGCGACGCUUUGUCUCCCCCUGUUGGCGUCUUCUGGGACUUUUGUUUUUUUUUUUUUGGUUAAGUGAGGCCGGUGGAUUCCCAACCCUCCGUCCCCACCGCUGUAAAGUUCAUGUUAGUUAGUGUUUUUAUCAAUUUAAAAUCAUUCCAGGUGUUUUGUUUGGAAGCUGUACGAGUGUGUUCGAUGUUGCAUGCAGGAAAAAAAGUUUGGUUUUGUCAGUCAACAAAACAAAAAGAAACGCCAGCUUCUCCAGGAAGCUGCUGAUGUUUGAUCAUAUUACUGGUUUUAUAUUGUACACAUUUAUACCUUUUAUUGGAUUUUAAUACAUCGGUCCAUCUGUUAUCCACACCUGCUUCUUUGUUUUUAUGUUUUCUCCCUUAAAUUGUCAUUUUUCUGGUCAGUUUUAGUCAAAUAAAACCUUUUAACCAAUGAUUCACGGGCUGAUUUUAAGACCAUUCGGAUGUAAUGAGUAAAACAGUUUGACACUAAAUUAUGUGAGAGGUAAAAAUGCGGUAGAAAAAUAAUAAAGACCAUAAAUAACAGUAAUUAAAAUAAACUGUUUUAGUUUAAUGUAAAAGUAAAGAAGCUUUGAGUUGAGCUGAACUGAGUUUCUUAUACAGCUCGAUGGUGUGAGAGCGACUCGGUCCGUGUUUAUGCUUUAAACGUGUUUGAUGAAGAAAAGUUCACAAAUAUAAGGAAGCCUGUUAAUGCCAGUAAAAAACGCAAAAAAAUCAGGACUAAGAUUAGCCGUGAUUUUUUUUUUUUUUUUUUUUUUUUAUCGUUUACUCAUUUUCAGUCAUGUCCAAAGCCAUAAUAAAAAUUUUAAAAACUGAAAUUAACUCUGUCUUUUGACCCAACACAUGAGUUUUAUUUUUAAAUAAUAGAUUCAGUGUUUUGUUUUUAAUGCUGGUAUUUUCUCUCAUUUUGAAAAAAAUUUUUUUUUAUUUUUUUUAUUUUUUCAGUGUUCCACUUCUUUGACUUUUAUUCAUGAUUUUUUUUUAUGUCACAGCAAGAAAAUCAUGGCAAUAACUGUGUUCUUUUGUUUUUGUUUUUUUUAAAUUUUGACAUAAAACUAAAUUUUAAUUAAGUCACAAGCCUGACUUUCUAAACUAAAAGAUAAAAUAUCUUAUAAAUAAUAUAAAAUUGAUAAAUUUGUAUAUAUUUAAUAAUGAUGGUUAGCCUCCAGCCCAUGCAGUGCUGAGUUGGAAGAAAAUGAAUUGACAGCUUUUAUUUUCUGUUUUAGUUUGUCUUUUCUUGACAUUCAUGGGCUUCUGUACUUUUAGUCUUUCCAAGCAUUAAUUAAAAAAUUAUGGUGGGAACAUUUCAAACUCUCGAGGAUACACCUUUGAAUAUUAUUUGAACGGUUCCUUAAAAAAACAGCUUGGAAAUUGUAACAUAUGAAUAAACAAAUAUAAAUUAAUCAAUGAAAAGAAUUGAUCA